CGUACUGUUUGUGCAUCGUUGCUUCAUGGCUUCCAAAGCCGGAGGAGGAAAUCGAUGCAGAUGGGUUUUAUGUUUGUCCAUUGCAGCUUGGAUCAGUUGGACAUCUUUCAGCGGCAAAACCCAGGUGCUGACUGGGCAAAUCCGCUCACCCCUCGUUGCCAGCAGAUUGAGGGCUCCCAAAAUUGCUGCACAGGCAAAAAAGAAGAAAACUUUGGAGCCCGGGAUAAAGAUCACUCCUCGAUCUGAGGACUGGUCCGCUUGGUACCUUGAUGUUAUUGAAGCUGCAGACUUGAUUGAUGAGUCGCCGGUGCGAGGCUGCAAGAUUUUCAAGCCGAAUGGCUUUGCAGUGUGGGAAGGUAUUCAGCGCCUGAUGGAUCCAAAGAUCAAGGAAAUGGGUGUGCAAAAUGCAUACUUUCCCUUGCUGAUUCCGGUCAGCUUUUUGAGCAAGGAGGCAAGUCACGUGGAUGGCUUUGCAAAGGAAUGCGCCGUUGUCACACAUUAUAGACUGCGCAGUGUAGCUGAGGUGGAACCUGGUGGACCUUUGGUGGAGGUUGAUCCUGAGAGCCAAUUGACAGAUCCAUAUGUUGUGCGCCCCACGUCAGAGACUGUGGUGUGGCAUAUGUACAGCAAGUGGAUCAGUAGCUACAGAGACCUGCCUUUGAAGCUGAACCAGUGGGCCAAUGUGAUGCGCUGGGAAAUGAGGACACGGCCGUUUCUGCGCACUUCCGAAUUCCUGUGGCAAGAAGGCCAUACUGCACACGCAUCUUCAGAAGAGGCAGAUGCCCAAGCAAGGGAAGUCCUUGAUGUCUACUUGGAGCUGGCACAGGAUGAGCUUUGCCUACCAAUUGUCCCUGGUCGCAAAUCGGCCAACGAGAGAUUUGCUGGGGCGGUGGAGACUUACACGAUUGAGGCCCUGACUCCGAACGGCAUGGCCAUACAGGCGGGCACCUCUCACUUCUUGGGACAGAACUUUGCCAAGGCUUUCGAUGUGAAGUACUUGUCCGAAGAGCAAAAAUCCGAGUAUGUUUGGGCGUCCUCUUGGGGUGUCUCGACUCGUCUCAUUGGUGCUGUCAUCAUGGCCCAUUCUGACGAUGAUGGUCUUGUGAUGCCUCCUGCUUUGGCUGCAGUCCAGGUAGUUGUGGUGCCAUUAUAUGCGAAGGAUCCAGACCAGCAGGCGGCAGUGCUAGAUGCGGCGGCUGCUUUGCGGAAGGAUUUGGUCGCAAUAGGAAUUAGAGUGCAUGUCGACGAUCGAUUAAGUAUGAAGCCUGGAGCAAAGUACUUCGAAUGGGAACGUCGUGGAGUUCCCCUUAGGCUUGAACUUGGUGCACGAGAUCUUGAAAAAGGUGUGGCGCUGGGGAAGCUUCGCACUGGUGGUGAAAAAAUUCAAGUCCCACUUGACGAAGCGGCAACCGAGGUGCCCAAAGCUUUGUCUCAGAUGAAACUGGAGCUUCAGAGUCGUUCAGAGCAGCUGAAGCAGCGAUUGAUUUUCCGUAUCGAGUCCAGAGCUGACUUCGAUGAACGGCUCAAGGAGCGCGAACCUGGGAUGAUGCUCAUCCCAUGGGGUGGGGAUGAUGACGAUGAGGACAACCUCAAAGAUGAAACUGGGGUUACGCUGAGGUGUUACCCGAUGGAGCAAGAUGAGCUGCCUGACAACCAGGUCUGUCCCUUGACCGGGAAGCCGGCUCGACAAUGGGCAAUUUUCGCGAAAGCAUACUGAGGGACUCAUAGCCCUCACUGCGAUUUCAGUAGCAUGGCUGCUCUCCACAAAA